CAGCUAAGCUCACUAGCUGUGAAAUUCAAUCUGUUUUACAAAUUUUUCUCUCUCGUGCUCUCCGCUCCGUUAGUAUACAUACAUAUAUACACACAACUUGAGUUCUCGGCGAAAUUAUCGGCGAUCAAAUGGCAGCAAUUUCUGGAAAAAUAUCACAAAAUGUUUUGGUUGCACAGUGCUGCAAACAGAACAGACAGUCCAGUCCCCAAUGUCAGAGGGAUAGAUUUGCCCCUGUCACACACAAAUUACUUUCCUUUCCAGGAGUUAGAUUGUCGUGGGAUGGAACCUCCACCAUGCAAUCGCAUAGAUUCUCAAAACUUAACCGAGGAAUUGUUUACUGCAACGUUGCUCCAUCUGCUACAGUAAUACCAUCUCUCGAAAGAGUUGAUUUCCUUAAGCUUCAAAAUGGCAGUGAUAUUCGUGGUGUUGCUGUUGCUGGUGUCGAGGGGGAACCUGUAAACCUCACUGAACCUGUGACAGAAGCAAUAGCAGCUGCCUUUUCCGCGUGGCUUUUGAAUAAAAAGAAAUCUAAUGAAUCUAGGCGGCUGAGAGUUUCUAUUGGCCAUGAUUCUCGUGUAUCUGCACAGAAAUUACAGGACGCAGCAUCUCGUGGAAUUGCCGGAGCUGGCCUGGAUGUUGUUCAGUAUGGGCUAGCAUCCACGCCUGCAAUGUUCAAUAGUACACUAACAGAAAAAGACGACAUACUAUGUCCCGUUGAUGGAUCAAUUAUGAUAACAGCAAGCCAUCUUCCUUACAACAGAAAUGGCUUUAAGUUCUUUACAAAUGCAGGAGGGCUUGGGAAACCUGAUAUUAAAGAUAUUCUGGAACGGGCAGCAGAUAUAUACCAGUGCUUCACAACUGAAUCUCUGAAGAAUUCUGAGAUCAAAGCUUCCUCGUCUAUAAAGAGAGUCGACUACAUGAGUGUCUAUUCAUCUGAUCUUGUUGCAGCAGUUCGUAAAGCUGCAGGAAAUACUGAAAAGCCAUUGGAAGGUUUCCAUAUAAUAGUUGACGCAGGCAAUGGAGCAGGAGGUUUUUUUGCUGGAAAGGUCCUUGAACCUCUUGGGGCUAUUACUUCUGGCAGUCAGUUCUUGGAGCCUGAUGGUUUAUUUCCCAAUCAUAUUCCUAAUCCUGAGGACAAGGCAGCAAUGAAAUCUAUAACAGAAGCAGUCCUGAGUAACAAGGCUGAUCUGGGGAUCAUUUUUGAUACAGACGUUGACAGAUCUGCUGCUGUGGACUUUGCUGGUUGUGAGUUGAAUCGAAAUCGCUUGAUUGCUUUAAUGUCUGCCAUUGUUUUAGAGGAACAUCCAGGAACAACUAUUGUCACGGACAGUGUAACAUCGGAUGGAUUAACUACAUUUAUUGAGAAGAAGCUGGGAGGCAAGCAUCACCGGUUCAAGAGAGGCUAUAAAAAUGUCAUUGAUGAAGCAAUUCGUUUGAACUCAGUUGGAGAAGAAUCACAUUUGGCCAUCGAAACCAGUGGUCAUGGUGCACUCAAGGAAAAUCACUGGCUCGAUGAUGGAGCGUACCUCAUGGUUAAACUAUUAAAUAAACUUGCAUCAGCUAGAGCUUCAGGACUAGGUGGCGGCAGCCAAGUUUUGACAGAUUUGCUGGAUGGUUUGGAAGAACCAGCUCUGGCUGUUGAACUUAGAAUAAAGAUUGAUCAGAAUCAUGCAGAUUUAAAAGGAAGAUCUUUCCGGGAGUAUGGAGAGGCUGUAUUAAAGCAUUUGGAGAACAUUAGUGAUUCAGAUCCAAAGCUUCAGAAAGCUCCUGUUAACUAUGAAGGCGUCAGGGUUUCUGGUUAUGGUGGCUGGUUCCUUCUUAGACUUUCACUGCAUGACCCAGUUUUGCCCCUCAACAUUGAGGCGUCAACCAAAGAUGAUGCUUUAAAACUCGGACUUGCUGUAUUGUCUGCCGCAAAUGAAUUUCCAGCUUUAGAUACAACUUCAUUGACAAAUUUUGUAAAAGUAUGAGAUCGAGGAGGCUUUACAAGGCGACAACACUUUGACUCUCCAUCACAAUUUUGUCACAGUACUUUCUCUGGUUGUACGAGCCUGUGAUAAGUGUUUUAGGCUUCAGCAGAAUGCUAAAGUAUGACGUUCUUGAAAGUGGUUGUUAUAUGGACUAUGGUUGGAUGAAAUGGUGUUUAUACAGUCUGCCCAUAAAGUUACAAUAGAUGUGUACAUGUAAUGAUAUCUCCACUAUUGUAGACGCAGAUCUGAAACAUACUGUAAUGUGAUCUUUAUAGUACCGUAUCGAAUAAUGUUUCGCUAUGUAUUUUCUGCAAUUGCAUUUUUAAUAUUCUUGUAGAACUUGAAACAAAUUCACUCAAAAAUAAGUAAAUAAAUACUCUCGUUAUAUACACA